AUGUCUCUUGAUAAUAAUACAUCUAUUAAUGAUGAUGUAUUUACUAAAAAGCUGAUUUUAACAACUAAUUAUCAAGAAACAAUAUCUCUUGAUGAUGAUAAUAUAUCUACUGCUUCAAAUUAUGAAGAAGAAUUAAUUCCAUAUGAAAUAUUUAUUAGUAAAUCUUAUAAUAGCGAAGAUGAAGAUCAAGAGAUUAUUUUAGCAUAUAAAGUUAUACGAGAAACAGGCAUUGGAACUCAAAUUACUAAUGAAAAUGAUUUUGUUAUAUUUACUAAAGAAUAUAAGCAUGCAAUUACAAAACAAAAAGAAGUUUUUAUUAUAGCAACUAUGCUAUCAAAUAUAUCAACUACUUCUAAUAAGUCAACAAUUAUUUCAAUUUUACAUGAAGAAAGAUUUUGUAAUCAAUGUGAAACACCUUGUUGGCCUACUGAUCAAGGUUAUAUUAAAUUAACAGGCGCUCAUUAUACAGUUUGGGCUCGUAGUAUAAUUAAUGGUUUUAAUAAUACAACAUCUCCACCUAAUCAUUCAAUAUUUCAAGCGCCACCAAAGCCAAAAGGAAUAAAAACUAAUAAUGCUAGCUUGGAAUUUACUCCUCCACCAUAUUUUAUACCAAUGCCACAAUUUAUAUAUCCUCUAGCAUUACAAACUUUUUUUUCGCUAUAUCAAUUAUUUUCCCCAAUAUCACAAUUUUCUACUUCAAAAUAUCAGCUACCAAAUACACAAUAUACAGAUCAGCUAUCAAAUACACAGUAUUCAGGUCCUAUUCCUAUGCUUGAAGAAUUUUUGCAAAAAAUAGAUAAUGAAGAAAAUGCUGAUAAAGAAAUUAUUAAAUGCUUAGAUGCAUUUAAUCAACAAGCAAUUAAAAUAACCCAGAUUCAAAAUUUAACAGAAA